AAUUAACCAUUGAAGGAAACAAUUAAUGAUUGAUGUACAAUGAGAAUGGACAGAAAUCAUGUUCAACAAGUUUCCGAUUCUUUAUCUUCAUUUUCAUCCUUUCCAUCCUAUAAGAGACUUCAUCUGUCAGGCGUAAUAAACAAUUUUCAUGGUAAACUUGCAGACAAACAUUCAACUUUUCCUCCAGUUAUUCAGUAGAAUUGCAUUCUUUCCCUGAAAGGGUGUAAAAAUUUCAUUUUUAUUAAAUAAACGUUUGUUUUUUUGUCAAGUCUUUUCCAAGUGAUUCUUUAAAUGAUUACCUUCAUCUUGGAAUGUUUCAUCAAAUGUUCAGACAAAAAGUUCUUUUAUAUUGUGACUUGGAAUUCUUGAAAUUUGACUCUUCAAUUUUCUCAUCCAUUAUUGAAAUUUUCAUCUAAAGAGGAAGAUCAAAGUUUCAAUCAUUUGCUUCAAGUUGUUUCAUGUUAACAAAAGUGAAAUCUCAAUGUUCACUUGUCACUUCAUUGACAUUUGACUGACAAACCUCACAUCAAUGGGACAUGAUGAAUGAUCAUGAAACUUCCGAUUAUGCUUAUGAUAACUCGAUAAAUCAUUCAGUUACAAUGAGUUCAUUAAUGUGACCUUUGAGAGUGAAACAAAAUUAUGUUCAAAAUUGUUGGCUUUCAUUGUAAAAAUUGAACAUUUGGUGAUCAGUGUAAAGGAUAAAUUUAAAGCUUCUCAAAAUGGAAGCAAUUUUUUCGUCUUCGUCUCUUUGGUUCAAUUUGACCAAUCCGGUUGAACUUGAGAAACUAAUUAAACGGCAUUUUGUUAAAAACUCGAUUCAUUCCGAUUCAACUGAACUAAUCUUCAUGUUAAUGUACAUAACCAUUGGCUGUCUGGGAAUUACCAUCAACUCAAUUGUCAUCUUUGUUAUACUGACAAGUAAACGACUUCGUAAUCUUGAAAAUUCACUCAUUCUUAACCUUUGCCUAGCCGAUAUCCUUUUAUGCCUUUGGUCGAUACCAUUUACUUUGUACCAAGUAUUGCGCCGUGACUGGGCACUUGGUCAGUUAAUGUGUUCAACUGUGCCUUUCCUUCAGGCAACAAUAGUCUUUGUCAUUGCCCAGACGAUAACAGUGAUUGCCUUUGAUCGUCUCUCCGUAAUAACUGGGCAACACUCUUUGAAACGUAAACAUCACUGGUCCAAUCGAAUGUCAAACCACUCGGAAUGCCCGAUAACCAAGAGAAUCCCAUUAAUCUGGAUUUCCUCCCUAAUCCUGGGUUCACCUUUAAUCUAUUUUUAUAAAGAGGUAAACUUUAACUACAACGGUAUUCCACUUUACAAUCGUUGCAUUGAAGACUGGUCAGCCGAAGUACGAAUCAUCUAUUCAACCAUAACCUUUACCGUUUCCCUUGUGAUUCCCAUUGUAUGCCUAAUAGCAUCUCAGGUUCAAAUAGUGACCUUCCUCAAGAAGCAGGGUAACCACGAUUUAAAGCCAGCCCUUAUAACCCGAUCAACCAUCUCAUCAACCGGGUUACAUUCAACUUCAGUUAUUUUACCAGAAGAGACAGUUAAAGAUGAACAGCAAGUUAACCUAAACAUUAACAGCAAACCAUCCAAACCCAAAGACAACAAUGAAACCGAUAGUGAUACAAAUGAAAAGAUUGGCAACAAUGAAACACAAGACAAAGUAAACUCACCUAAAAGUUGCCCAAUUGAUGGUAACAACACUGAACCCGAUAAAAUCAACAACAGUGUUAAUAAUGUAGAUAAUAAAAACAACGGAUUGUUGAUCAGUUCACUUAAGAAACCUUUAGCCCGGUACACAGUCACACUGAAACCAGUUAGGUUCACUUUGGCUAAAGGUGUUCGCAAUCGUCGAGCAAUCGUCUCCCUUUACCGAGUCUCGGUCACCUUUAUACUAAGCUGGCUUCCCUUGAACAUUGUUAACCUUUACCUUGACCUGAUUGACCAACCCUCCAUUACAGGAACCAAGGUUUACCUAAUACUCGGCAUUUGCCACCUCAUUGCCAUCAGUUCAUCAGUUACAAAUGCCAUCUUUUAUGGCCUCAUGAAUACCAAUAUUAGACGAGAGCUUUCAAAGAUUCGCUUAACCUUCAAUCACAACAAUAAUUCCCAAAGUCACCAGACAAGCACACCAAUGCCUUCCCAUGUGAUUUAAUAAUCACCCUAAUCAUGUUAACAAUCAAAGGUCAAAAGACGUAAAAAUUAAUUUCAACCAUUCCUUCAAAGGAAACAAAGCAGAUUAAUAGAUGAAAUCAAUUUCCUAAUUGAUUUAAACACCUUUUUCGGUUCAUAUUUUAUCAUAUCGAAGUGGACAAUUUCAAUAAAGGAAAAAUAACGAAAUCAAGAAAAUGUCCAGCAAAUCCAAGUCCAGUCAAAGAAUCAAUAGUUUCAUCAAUGGAAAAGAUUGAAAAGUCAAUCGAUUAUAUCUUUGUUAUUGUAAUAUGUAUUAAUAUGUAAUGAUAUUGAACUUUAGCAAAAAGCAAAUCCUAAAAAUACCAAAGACUCCCAGUCAAUCCCAAAAUAAGCACCAAUUGUUCCUGUUAAACAAUUAAAUUUUACUUUCAUAACUUUUCAUUGUCAAAUUAAGCGUAAUCAUUUGAACAAAUAAAAAUCGAAACGCAAAUCAAACUCAAAA